UCUGGCAUCACAAGCACGAUGGUUUUACAAAUCUUAACCCGGGUCCUGCUGCUCUCCACUCUGCUCCAAACAGGUGUGAGGAGUCUGAAGGAUACCGUGUUCGUUUACAGCAGACUCAGAGGCGAGGCCCUGCUGCCCUGCACCAAACUGACCACGCCCGACUGCUCCGGCAUCACCUGGACCUUCUUCAAAGGUGGCCAAGUGCGUUACACCGAGGAAAUUAUCGGCGGGCGGGUGAAUUCAAACUCAGACAAAUCCAGCAGAACAACCAUCACGUCCAACUGCUCCCUCGUCCUCCGUGACCUCAUCGUGGAAGACGCCGGUUCAUACGUGUGCCUGGAGAACCAGAUCGCAGUUAGUGACGUCUACCUGUCCCUCCUGAGCAUCCGCUCGGCCUCGCCGAUCACCGAGCUGCAGCCUGGAGGGAUCCUCACAAUGACCUGCAUCCUCUUCACCUACUAUGAUGCAGGGAGCUGCAAGCCGUACUCCACCACCUUCAGGAUCCACUGGCUGGACGAGGACGGAAAGCAGCUGCCCAAAGACCACCAAAGGUACAACCUGACUGAAAACACUCGCUGCAACAUCACUCUGGUCACAAAGCUGCGAAUGGAGGACAACAACAGGAAGUGGAGGUGUCAGGUGGACACCAUGGAGGACAAAAAGGCGACAUUUCUGGACUUCAAAUCCUCCUUUUUGUUCCAAACAGACCAGACUGUACAGCCCUCGGUCACAGAGGACUGUCCUGCAGAACUGCCCAUCAGCCGGAUCGUUCUGUGCGUGCUUCUGCCGCUCAUGGUGUGCGUCGUAGGAUUCUUCACAUGGAAAUCAGACCAGAAGAGAGCGAAGACGUCAGCAGGUGUCAUCGAGCUGCGGGACAUUUACUGAUUUCUCCCAACUGACUCGUUUAUAAGCACCACAUUCUUAGGACUCUCAGAACGCGGUUCUUUAGUUUCAGUGCGUCUCAAACUUUAAACAACUUCAGAUGUUCACUGAAGCCUUUGCAGCAAAUUAGCUGUAAAACACAGCAGGGAUGCAUGAAAGGCCGCCUAAAAUGAGGAAAAAGGCUAAUUGUCCAAUGACAGCUGUUUCCCAUAAACUGUGCUUCAGUUAGAUUAUUUAAAUUGGCGCAAAGCAAAAUGUUUGAUUAUUAAAAAGUUUGCCUUACAUAAAAGAUGCAGAGAUUUCUUACUUUCUUUUCUCCAUGCAGGUUUAAUUUAUUGAAAAAAAAAAGAUUUUGUCAUCUGCAUGACAUGUGGCAUCAUCUCGUCUUUAUUUCUCAUCUGAAACUUUCAGCAACCAUCAUUUCUUCUUUGGAACAGUUAGAAUUUUAUAAAAGUUUACUGAGAAUGGUUAUUUUGAUGUAUUUUUGUGGAAAGAAAUUGCCGUGCCUAAUUUGGUGUUUCACCAUUAAUGUUUAAUUUUUUUGUCUACUACGUUGAAAUUAUUUUUCAGUGUUUAUUACGAUCAACAAAAGGGCUGCAUUGCCUUGCAGAGGUUGUCCUACUCUACAUCUCCCCUGCGUUUUGUCAUGUUACAAACAUAACAUUUUAUGUAUUUCUUAUUUAAUCU